GCCGGGCGCUAUUUACAGCGCGGACGCGGGCUCUUUGGCCGGUGCAGUCGCUGCCCGUGGGUUCGUUCUCCUCGAGUCCGCUGUUUGUGGCUAGUGCACGGGGUUGCGAGGCAAAGGAAAGACCUCCGGGAAGCGUGCGGGGCCGGGAACGUGUCCUCGGUAGUCUUGGUCCCGCUCCAUGCUCCGGCUCCCGCCCCGCCACUGACGGCGCCCGGGCUCGUGCGCGGCGCGCCCCGGGGGUCGUAGUGCAGCCGGGCCUGGCUCCCGGAGCGACGGGGGCGCGGGGCGUCAAUGGAUCGCCACUCCAGCUACAUCUUCAUCUGGCUGCAGCUGGAGCUCUGCGCCAUGGCGGUGCUGCUCACUAAAGGAGAGAUCCGAUGCUACUGUGAUGCCGCUCACUGUGUGGCAACGGGUUACAUGUGUAAGUCUGAGCUGAGUGCCUGCUUCUCCAGACUUCUCGACCCUCAGAACACCAAUUCUCCACUCACUCAUGGCUGCUUGGACUCACUUGCCAGCACAGCAGACAUCUGCCGAGCCAAACAGGCCCAAAACCACUCUGGCCCCGCCAUGCCUACGCUGGAAUGCUGUCACGAAGACAUGUGCAAUUACCGAGGGCUGCACGACGUCCUUUCUCCUCCCAAGAGUGAAGCCUCAGGACAAGGAAACCGGUACCAGCAUGACAGUAGCAGAAACCUCAUCACUAAGGUGCAGGAGCUGACUUCCUCCAAAGAACUGUGGUUCCGAGCUGCAGUGAUAGCGGUCCCCAUCGCUGGUGGGCUUAUCUUAGUGUUGCUCAUUAUGUUGGCCUUGCGAAUGCUCCGAAGUGAGAACAAGAGACUGCAGGAUCAGCGGCAACAGAUGCUCUCUCGUUUGCACUACAGCUUCCAUGGGCACCAUUCCAAGAAGGGGCAGGUUGCGAAGUUGGACUUGGAGUGCAUGGUGCCCGUCAGUGGGCAGGAGAACUGUUGUCUGACCUGUGACAAAAUGAGGCAAGCAGAACUCAGUAAUGAGAAGAUCCUUUCACUCGUGCACUGGGGCAUGUACAGUGGUCAUGGGAAGCUGGAAUUCGUAUGACAGAGUCGUAGCUGAACUGUAAACUGAACCCUUGAAGGUCUUCUGAAUUCUGCUGGACAGGAGGAGCACUUUUAUCUGGAGACAAACUAAUUCGCUUAGUCAUCUUGGAGAGACAAAAAUGACCUCUGCAAAGAGAAUCUUGGGUAUUUUCUUCUGAAGGAUUAUUUGCACAGACUCAUACAGUCAAAUGGAUUAAUUUGCUUUAAAAUUGUAAAAAGCAAAGAGAGGACUCUGCACACACUUUCCCAGGGCUCUUUGUGUCCCGGAGAGCCAUGACUGACUGAAAUAAACAGUUGUGCUCUCUGUAAGCUCCUACAUCUUCAUUUAUUGUAAAGAUUUUUUAAAAAAUAUAUAUUUUUGUCUGAAAA